AUGGCGACUCAGACAGAUAUUCCACCUGAUCUUAGUGACUCAGACAAAGCUUUCAUGUUUCAAUUUCUUGAUGAUCAGCUGAACUCCUCAAUUCUCUUUGCAUUAUUGCAUGGCAUAUACACUGGCAUUCUUUCUGUUACGCUGUGGAAUAUAUUCAUCAAUAAAUGUUCACCUCGCCACCAAGCCCCAGUCAUCAUUAUUAUUCUCCUCCAUGCUUUGACUACUAUCUCUUUUGCUGUCACAUGGUCAUUUAUAUGCUCCACAUUCAUCCAAAAUGGACAAAGUUUUUGGACUGUAUUCUCGAAGCUUGAUGGUGUGAACCGUGCACUCUAUUUGGAGCAGGGUAUUGCAGCCUGCAUGAGUACCAUUCUUGCAGACUCAUAUAUUAUUUGGUGCUGUUGGAUGGUUUGGGGACAGCGCUGGCUUAUCAUCCUGCUUCCAAUCCUUUCCCUAAUUUCUGCAACUGUGUUGAAAAUCAUUGAGGUAUAUUAUGGGUACUUGAAUGCAGCAAACCCAGUAUAUCUGAUGCCCUACUCAUCCCUCAUCCUGGCAACAACAUUAUGGUGCACACUGCUCAUCAUUUUCCGCAUUUUCACUGUUACCAGGGUUAGACAUGGAGGUGGCAGCCGGCUGAGAGUUUAUCACCAUUUUAUUCAAGUGCUAGUGGAAUCCUCCACUCUCUAUUCAAUAUCUCUCAUCCUAUAUCUGGCUCUCUUCUAUAACAAUACUUUCAGAUGGUAUUGUCUUGAUACCAUAACUGCCAUUGCAAGGGGAGUUGCACCCACACUUCUUGUUGGCAGAGCAGCUGCAGGACACACAUGCCCAACUGAAAAACAAGAUGAAAGUGCGACAGUAUCAACCCUUCGUUUCCAAAUGUCUUCACAAUCAUCUCAACCUUCGCAACCUUCCACUUCAAGCUUUCAGGAAUCCACAAGGCAGAGUGCAGUCCUUGAAAUGGACAUUGAAGCCCAGAUGGAGCAGUCGGAUGAGUUCAUGGUAGUUGUUGAAAAGACACAAUAGAGCUCAUGGAGAAUGUCUGAAAGUCAGGGAAGUGAGACUUUGGGCUUGAUUUAGACUGUAAUUUUUUGUCAUGCUAUCUUUUUUUACUAUUGCAUUC